CACUUGGGGGUCACACCACCAGGACUGCAGAGUCGUUCCUCGGAUUUAGUUUUUCCAGUCUCGUUUAACCGUCUGCACGGGUCUACGACGCCAGUCAUGAGGCCCCUGGUGCUAAGUAUCCUCCUGGGACUACUGGGGGUUGCUACUGCCCAGUUCAGCAUCUCCUUGUGGAGAAACACGACGGACAUAGAACGGAGACAGCGAACGUGGCUCAACGCACCUUCCGUGAUUGCGGAAGAAUUGGAAAACGAAAACAACCUGCACUAUUACGGGCUCAUCGGUCUUGGCACGCCCCCGCAACAAUUCAAGGUCAUCUUUGACACCGGUUCCGCGAACCUCUGGGUGCCAUCGAGCAACUGCCCCGAUACGCAAGACGGCUGCAAGGACAAGAGAAAGUACAACAGCGCUCAGUCGAGCACUUACAAGAAGGACGGCCGCAAAUUCCGCAUCGAGUACGGAAGCGGCAUUGUCGAGGGUAUCUACAGCACCGACGUUCUAAGCGUGGGAAAUGGCAAGGUUAACGCACAGACCUUUGCCGAGGCCACAAAGGCACAGGGUGCCAUCUUCAAAGCAGCCAAGUUUGACGGGCUUUUGGGUCUCGGUUACCCAGCUCUCGCCGAAGACAACGUCUUACCAGUGUUCGACAACAUGAUUAAGCAGAACCUGCUGCCCCAGCCGGUCUUCUCCGUCUACCUCAACCGAAACCCCAAGGCCAGUCCCGGAGGAGAGAUAUACUUCGGUGGCAUCGACUCCAAGCGCUACACGGGAGCCAUUACCUACACCAGUGUCACCAAGAAGAGCUACUGGCAGUUCAAAAUGCAAGGCAUGCAAGUGAAGAAGGACAAGAACUUCUGCGCUGGAGGGUGCGACGCUGUGGUUGACACGGGCAGCUCUUUCAUUGAAGGCCCCAAGGACGAGAUUGAGCGGCUGAACGCUUACCUGAGAGCCAAGGAGGAGCCUAGUGGAGAGUGGCGUGUGAAGUGCGCUAAUAUUCCGAAGAUGCCAAAGAUUUCCUUCACUAUUAGUGGAAAGGAGUUCACCAUGACUGCCGACCAGUACAUCAUCCAGAUUGAAACUCCAAAGAAGUUGAAGUGCUUCAGCUCUUUCGCAGUCUCUGACACUCCUACGAAGAAAUUCUGGGUUCUCGGCCAGGUGUUCAUCGGAAGCUUCUACAGCAUCUUCGACAGGGGCAGUGACCGUCUGGGAUUCGCGAUCGCCGCCUAACGGGCACUCCCGACGGCAACCAGUGGCAAAGACAGACGACUAUAGUAGCGUGCGCCUAUAGUCCUAUUAAAAAAUAUAUUGUAAUUGCAGAAAAUAGAGAUAGAGAACACAUUGAAACGACGCUAUUGCAAGAAAUAUAUGGCCUCAAGAUUGAAAGCUCUGACUUUUGAUUUCUGCAGUAAGAAAUACCCUAACUUUUCUGAAGUAAGUUAGAAGCGUGAAGGAGCCGGUGUACAUGGGAAAUCUGUCACUUCUAAAAAAAAAAGUGAUCUGUUACUUCACGUGCCACAUGGCGAUCUGAGGUGUGCAAGUUCUGCUAUUUUUGACGUGUGCUCACAUCGGCAUUAAGAGAGUCGUUUUCUUUUUUCUCUUUUUUUAUUUCAGUUAUGACUCGUGCGGAUCAAUUUAGUUACUGCACCACUCGGAGCGAGACCAAUAAACGCAGCAGAUGUUUAUUUCCUUA